CAAGUUUCAAUGUUCACUGAUUGAGACAAAAAUCCAUUGUUUUCACUUUCCUUUGAAAAUCCAAGAAUCCAACAAGAGAGAUGCCUAAAGAAAAGCAGAUGAUGUCUGAGUCAAGCAACAGGGUUAGAGUAUCACCAUACCCGCUUCGCUCUUCUAGGACUAGCAAACACAAGGCAUCUGAUCAGUGGCCUAUUGAGAGUCAUGAAUGGGAGGAUGUGCGGUGUGUGAUAUGCAUGGAACCGCCUCACAAUGCUGUUCGUUUGACAUGCUCUUCCUUUUCAAGUGGAUGUCGUCCUUACAUAUGCGACACGAGUUUUCGUCACUCCAACUGUUUCAAAUCGUUCCUAAAAACCAUGAGGAAAAACCGCCAAAGCUGCAAGACCCUACACUGCCCUUUAUGUAGAGGAGAAGUCUCUCAGACGACAAAAGUGGUGAAACCUGCAAGAAGAUUCAUGAAUGCUAAACCGAGGUCAUGCCCUGUGGACAACUGUGAUUUUUUGGGGACGUAUACUCAACUGAAUAAGCAUUUGAAAACUGAGCAUCGUGGUCUUGUCCCACGAAAGGUCGAUCCACAAAGGCAAUCAAGGUGGGAAAUGCUUGAGAGACAAACUGCAUCCGUUGAUCUCAUGACCGCAGCUGGAUUUCAGCAUACAACCGAGGUGGUGCCUCAACACCUUACAAACAAUCAUCAUCCUCAAUAUGUGUUUCAGGUGCCCUAUAAUGGAACUGUGUGGAAUAUUAUUGAUUCGGGUCAAGGGAGGAUCGGAUUUGGCCCCGGCAACUAUGUCUCAAUGCCAUUUCGAGCAUUGGGUCUAUAUCCCGGUGGGAAUCCGUGAAGAAUUCUAUUUUGUUUAAUGAAAACCCAAAAAAUAAAAGUUUGUGCAAAAUGUUAAU